ACGAAAGAAGAAAGUUGUUUCCGGCUAUGCUCUCGUCUAUUGGACGGACAAUAACAAUUUGCUGAUACUAGAAUCCGUAGGGGGAAUACGAUAAGAUAACGGGGCAAAAUGAAUGAAGACGAAGAAACAAAACAGGAGGCUUCACUGGAAUUAUACAAAGCGCAGGUGUCACAGGUCAGUCAGGCUAUUCAAGCAGCUGGAGAGUCUCCGGACCUUAUCCAGCUCAGGACUGAUCUUCAAGAACUCAUUAAACUCACUGAAGACAGUUUGCUGGAGCUCAAGAAGGCAAAACUGCUCCAGUCUGUCGGGGUGCCAGAGUCUGGUGGAGGAGCUGCCCAAGGAGCAGAGUCUACCAUUGAUGACGAAUACGCAGCAUUUCAGGCUGCCCUGGCUGACGACGUGCAGUCUCCUGGCCCAUCCUCUAGGCAACAACAGGUUCUUUCAGCAUCGACGUCAAAAGAGAAACAUCAAGACUUUGGUGAUAAUAAUGAUGAUGAUAAUGAUUAUUAUGAUGAUGAGAGGGAGGAGGAACGGGAAAUCGGCCCCGCUGAUGUCUACCUGUCCAGUUUGAUAGGGACAAAAUGUAGAGCUCCCUUUUCCCACGACUGGGGUGGUCUGCACUACGGAAACGCCAUGAUAUUAUCGGCAGACGCUCCAUCUAACGAAGACGCUGUUGCUGAUCAUAAGGUGAGGGUUGUGUUUGUGAAUCCCGUCCAUCUGUCGCUGGUUCCCUGUAAAUACUUCAUGGAGGGAAAUUGUCGCUUCGGGGAUGACGAAUGCCGGUUCUCCCACGGUCACCCAGUGCCUGUUAGUGAACUUCAAGCUUACGUUGAGCCUGAUCACAGCAAACUGUGUGAGGGCUGCCGCUGCCUGGCCAAAUCGUCUGAUGAGGUGUGGUACCCGGGCGUUGUGGUAGAAACUUGCGGCUCUGACCACUUCCUCAUGGUCAAGUUUGAUUCGGGCAAGGAGGAGCAGGCUGUGCCCGUGGAGAACGUCAUACCUAUAGAAGAUGAAGAUGAAAGUGAUAGUGAUGAUGAGGACGGGGAUAAGACAAAUGCUGAUCAGAAACCGUUGACGGAGAACGAUGGCGAUGAAGAAGAUGAAGAAGAGGAGAUAGAAAUGCCCGUGUAUUUAUGGAAACCACUCCAAACAACGGAAAAACUUGGUGCCUGGGAAGCACAUACAAAGGUAAAUCGCUGGAUAAGAUCAUGGAACUGAAGGAAAUGUCCGGCAAUGCUGACCUGUUCAACGCCAUGAAGAAACUGGAGAAGCGACAGAAGAUUAUGGAGAAGAAGCAGGAGGCGCAGGAGAAGAGAGGGAAGCAGCGAGAGAAGUUGGGCGUGUUCGGAUUCCUCAACCACAGACUGGCGGCGGGGGAGAAGGGUGAGUACCUGGCCAGUAGGCUCGUGACCACUCAAGGGUUGUCUCAGAACUAA